GACGAAUCCCGCCUCGUCCGCGAAGAAGCCCACCGCAUCAUCUCCACCAACCUCCUCCCAUCCCUCGCUCCCUACCUUCCUACGCAAAACGGUAAACGGCAACGGGAAACCACGGACAAUCGGCUGGAGAUGUUUGCUCGACAGCUGGUGGAGGUGGAUAUGGAGAGGUUGAGGGUCGGCUGUGUGCCGGAGCAUUUGUAUCAGGAGGUGCUAGAUGUGGAUGAGUCGGUACUUGUGGAGUGGGAGGAUGAUGGAGUUGGGAAUAACGUUUUGGCGUGCUAUGAUUGUUGA